UGGAGCAAAACCACCGCGGAGGCGAUGCCCACUUCCCCGCACACUCCUAACGCGUAUUGAGCAGCUGAUCGUCAGUGGCAGCACAGACCGAGUGUCCGUGCUCCUGGCGCCGAGGCCUCUGUGACUGCCCCCCCCCCCUCCUGCCUGCUGGUCGCGGUGAUCCAGACCCGCUGAAUCUGCUCCGUGGCGACGCAGCCACAAACACGUUCAGGGAUCCAAGUGCUCCAGCUGCCCGGAGGAGGACGCGCCCGGCCCGGCUUGUUGCUGCCGGUAGCAGCUGCUCACUGCCGGGACUCGUAAACAACCAGACACCGCUCCAACUCCAUGGAAGAAGUCGGCGGCGGAGCUCCGUCUGGUUUGGCGCAUGAGGAGCUGCUGUACGACUGAGCCGCGCGCAGCUGGUGUCCGGGUGAGAGAGCCGGAUUUAUUUGUCCGGAGCGUCGGACCCGCGGCAGUUUGAAGCCUCUCCCCCCGCAUCAGCUCCUUUGCUGGAUGAAAAGAAAAAACGGCUGAGAGUUUUGAAGUCACCUGGUCCCUCUUUCUUCUCUGCCCAAUUGAUGGAGGGCUCAGCUCCUAUCAUUACGUGCACACAGAGUGGACUGCAGAGUACAGAGGCCAGGUGCCAUGAAUAAGCCUGGACAACAGCUGCUACCCACAUAGAGGUCACUUCACCUCUCUUUCCAUUUGCUUUGGUCCAGAGGAUGCUGGUAAUGUGUCGCGGGCGCAGGAAGUUCCUGGCGGCCUCCCUUGCCCUGGUCUUCAUCCCAACACUCACCUGGCUUUACCUGUCAGUUGGGAGCUUUCAAGUGAAGCCCCUCCCUCUUUCCCCACUGGAAGUCCAGUCAUCGACGGUGGUGGGCGGAGUGGGCGAGCGGCAGGCCUUGGAGCUGCGUGUGCGGGCGGUGGAGGAGGAGAACCGGGCUCUGCGCCGGGAGCUCAGCCAGCCGCCGAGGAGCCCGCCAGCACACCUCCCAAACGGCAGUCACCGUGGCAACCAGAGCCGAGCCCACUCAGAGGAGGGCACCGGCGACAACGAGGGCCAGAAAGCGGGAGCGGCGGGGAACAGUUCCGACUGCGUGCAGCAGCCGGUUGUGGAUAAGUGUGAGACCAUCCACGUGGCCAUCGUAUGCGCAGGUUACAAUGCGAGUCGAGACGUGGUGACACUGGUCAAAUCCGUCCUUUUCCACAGGCGGAACCCUCUACAUUUCCAUUUCAUCACAGACUCCAUUGCUCAGCAGAUCCUGUCCUCUCUGUUCCACACCUGGAUGGUUCCCGCCGUCAGGGUUGAUUUCUACGACGCAGAUGAGUUGAAGAGUGAGGUGUCAUGGAUCCCGAACAAACACUACUCUGGGAUCUACGGUCUGAUGAAGCUUGUGCUCACCAAGACGCUGCCGUCCGACCUGCAGAGAGUCAUCGUUCUGGACACAGACAUUACCUUUGCCACCGAUAUCGCGGAACUCUGGGCUGUGUUUCACAAGUUCAAAGGUCAGCAGGUUCUGGGUCUGGUGGAGAACCAGAGUGACUGGUACCUUGGGAACCUGUGGAAAAACCAUCGGCCAUGGCCGGCUCUGGGCAGAGGCUUCAACACCGGGGUGAUUUUGCUUCUCCUGGAUCGGCUACGGAAGCUCAGAUGGGAGCAGAUGUGGAGGCUGACUGCAGAGAGAGAACUUAUGAGCAUGUUAUCCACCUCGCUGGCAGACCAGGACAUCUUCAACGCUGUGAUCAAACAGAACCCGUUCCUGGUUCACCAGCUGCCGUGCUUCUGGAACGUGCAGCUGUCCGAUCACACGCGCUCUGAGAAGUGCUACAAGGAUGUUUCAGACCUGAAGGUGAUCCACUGGAACUCCCCCAAGAAGCUGCGGGUAAAGAACAAGCACGUAGAGUUUUUCCGGAACCUUUAUCUGACCUUUCUGGAGUACGAUGGCAACCUGCUGCGGCGAGAGCUGUUUGGCUGUCCCAGCGAGGCCGACCACAACAGUGAGAACCUCCAGAAGACUCUGUCCGAGCUGGACGAAGACGAUCCUUGCUACGAAUUUCGCCGAGAGCGAUUCACCGUCCACCGAACCCACCUGUACUUCCUCCACUAUGAGUACGAACCCAGCUCUGACAAUACUGACGUCACUCUUGUCGCUCAGCUCUCCAUGGACAGGCUCCAGAUGUUGGAGGCCAUCUGUAAACACUGGGAAGGCCCCAUCAGCCUGGCCCUGUACCUGUCCGAUGCCGAGGCCCAGCAGUUCCUGCGUUAUGCUCAGGGCUCUGAAGUGCUGAUGAGCCGAGGGAACGUAGGUUACCACAUCGUCUACAAAGAGGGACAGUUCUACCCAGUCAACCUCCUGCGUAACGUGGCCAUGCGGCAGGUCAACACACCCUACAUGUUCCUUUCAGACAUCGACUUCCUACCCAUGUAUGGCCUCUACGAAUAUCUCAGGAAGUCAGUGGUGCAGCUGGACAUGGCCAACAACAAGAAAGCUCUGGUGGUUCCAGCCUUUGAGACGCUGCGAUAUCGCCUGUCCUACCCCAAAUCUAAGGCUGAGCUGCUGUCUCAGCUCGAUAUGGGUACACUCUUCACCUUCAGGUAUCAUGUGUGGACCAAAGGCCACGCACCGACUAACUUUGCCAAAUGGCGGACUGCCACCACGCCCUACAGGGUGCAGUGGGAGGCGGACUUCGAGCCCUACGUCAUGGUAAGGCGGGACAGUCCCGAGUACGACCGCCGCUUUGUGGGCUUCGGCUGGAACAAGGUGGCUCACAUCAUGGAAUUGGAUGCGCAGGAGUACGAGUUUGUGGUUCUGCCCAAUGCUUACAUGAUCCACAUGCCUCAUGCACCCAGCUUCGACAUCACCAAGUUCCGCUCCAAUAAGCAGUACCGGGUCUGUCUCAAGACCCUGAAGGAGGAGUUCCAGCAGAACAUGUCGCGGCGCUACGGCUUCGCCGCCCUUAAGUACAUGACGGCCGAGAACAACAGCUAGCCACCGCUGCUGACCCUCAGACCCCCGGUGAACUGCUGAACACACUCCAGAGCCUGGGGGUGUG